UGUUUCCAAGGAUUGAUCAUCUUUUUUUAAAAGCUCAAACUAUUAAAGCUAACACAAAAAACAAUAACAUAAUUGGUAUAAUCCCUCAAUCGGAAUCUGAAGAGGAUGAUAUGUACGUUAGCCUUACUCCUACCUUAUAAAGAUAAAUAGGAUAUUUCCGAUAAACCUUCGGCUCAAAGUCUAUUGAAACACACACUUAUAAUUAUUUAACACGAUUCCUCACGUGUGAUCCUGAUUCUUUUACAUGUACAAUGCAAACAUUAGUGCAAGUAAAUCUUUUUCCAAGAAAGAUAAGACAAAAGAAAGAGAGCAAAAAGAUAAUGUGCUACUUCAAACUGCAACACCAAACUUGAGUGCCAUUUGUCAAUUUGAAGAUAUCAAACACAAACAGAUUAGUGGUCAGAAUUCAAAAGGACAAUUCUACAAAACACUUCUCAUCUCUUCUUACAUCUUUUAACAAAUCCAAAUUCUUGAAAAAUAUCAAAAAAAAAAAACAUGGCUUCUUCUUCUUCUUCCUUUCAGCUCUCUAGCCUUCAAAUUCAAACCCCACCUCUUAAAAAAUCAUCUUUUCUUGGUCAAUCUAUGAACAUUAGUAGUGUUCAUACCAAAUCAACACUCAAGCCAUCAUCAACCUCAGUUACUACUACAACAGCAAAAUUCAAUCUUUAUGAGAUUCUUGGAGGUAGAGGUCUGUGUAAUGGAGAAGAGGGUAUAGAGAAAGAGCUGAAGAAGUCGGUUUCCGAAGAACAAAAAGCACCACCACCACUAUCAUCAUCAGCAGCAGCAGCCGCAGAUAGUGAUGAUAAUCAAGAAAACAAGGGGACUAUGGGGUUACCAGAAGAUGGAUUUGAGAAAGAAAUGAUGGGGUUUACGGGCGGAUUUCCGGGAGGUGAAAAAGGUCUACAGAAAUUCAUAGAGGAGAAUCCACCACCCAAGAAGACAGAAUCAAGUAUGGUUUCAGGUUUUAAUCAGAGUCUUGUGAAGAAACCAAAGCCACCUGAAUUGCCACUUUUGUUACCUGGAAUGAUUGCUAUUGUCAAGAAUCCUAAUAAUCCAUAUUAUAUGUAUUGUGGGAUUGUGCAGAGGAUUACUGAUGGCAAAGCUGCUGUGCUUUUUGAAGGUGGGAAUUGGGAUAGGUUGAUUUCUUUCAGGCUUGAAGAACUCGAACGAAGAGAGAAAGGACCACCAAUGGUGAGUCCUAGGUCUGUGAUACUCGAAAACUUGGUAGAAAAAUAAGCUUUGAAGCUUGAAUUUGCUUCACUUUUAUUGAGUAGAUUGUGUGUCCUUUUGUCUUUUGGGUUGUUGUACAUACAAGAUGUCAAUUUUGUAAUGGCAAUGGCAGAAUAAGAAAUGCAGAAUGCUUUUGUGCAGGAA